AUGGCAGGUCCAGAGAGUGUACAGCCAGUCUCUUGUCUUCUGUCCAACGUGGCAUCUUCUGAUAUUCAGGUGAAAGAGCUGGAGAAGCGUGCUUCCGGCCAGGCUUUUGAGCUGAUUCUCAGCCCUCGAUCAAAAGAAUCUGUCCCCGAGUUCCCCCUUCCCCCCUCAAAGAAGAAGGAUCUUUCCCUGGAGGAAAUUCAGAAGAAAUUAGAAGCUGCAGAAGAAAGACGCAAGUCUCAUGAAGCAGAAGUCUUGAAGCAGCUUGCUGAGAAGCGGGAGCAUGAAAAAGAAGUGCUCCAAAAAGCUAUUGAGGAGAACAACAACUUCAGCAAAAUGGCAGAGGAGAAACUGACCCACAAAAUGGAGGCUAACAAAGAGAACCGGGAGGCGCAAAUGGCUGCCAAGCUGGAGCGUUUGCGAGAGAAGGACAAGCACGUUGAAGAGGUGCGGAAGAACAAAGAAUCCAAAGACCCUGCGGACGAGACCGAGGCUAAGUUGUUCCGAGAACUGACUUUCUCCCCGACCCCUUCCUAAAUAUCCAAAGACUGUACUGGCCAGUGUCAUUUACUUUUUCCCUCCUGACAAAUAUUCUAGAAGCUGAUGUAGGACCGUAUAGGUAGAUCCAGACCGUGAGAUAUUUUAGGGGCUCAAGGGGAGAAACUGAAAGUGUUUUGCUCUUUUUUAAAGUGUUGGUCUUUCUAACGUAGCUAUUUUUCUCGUUGCAUCUUUUCCACUCGGGCACACUCGGUGUGCUGGGUCAAUGGCUAGUGCUGUAUUGACUGUGGAAGACGUUCGUGAAGAGUAUGUAGUGGCUUCUUCCAACCCAUUAGAUGCUGAGUAUCUGUUCACUUUGCGAUCCCAAUUCUGUCCCAAUCUCACCAGAUGCUACUGUACUUGAAUGGUUAAUAAACUGCACAGUGCUGUUGGUGGCAAAAAAA